AUGCAGCUCGCAUAUCUCAUCCUCACCGUCUUCCUGGGACAGCUCCUGGGCACCACGGGACAGGACACGGUCACCCAGGAACAUGGACCAGUCUUGGUGAAGCAGGGACACCCCUUCCACACCACCUGCAAAUACCACACCAGUAAUUUUAGGGGAUUGCUGUGGUACCAGCUGAGGAAAGGCGAAGCCCCAGAGCUGAUCUCCUAUCAAGCAGGGGCUGGCCCCAAGCGCAGCGGCCGUUUCACCACGCAGCUGAACACCACGGACAAAUCCAGUGUCCUGCAGCUGGAGGAAGUGGAGCUCUCUGACUCUGCCUUGUACCUCUGUGCUGUGCAAGACACCCUGGGCAGGAAAUGCUGUGUGACUUCAGGAUCUGGCUAUGGGAAGCUGACCUUUGGCUCAGGGACCAGACUCUCCAUCCAGCCCAAAGUCACUCCAUCUCCCUCCGUCUACAGGCUGACCUCGAAAGAUGCCCAGGGCCUGGAGAUGUGCCUCAUCACAGAUUACUCCCCUGAGAAGCUCAAUGUGAGCUCAGCAGAGCAGCGCACAUCUGCUGUGGUGGGGGUGGCCACGGAUGGGGACAGCGAGGAGUCCAGCUACCUGUCCACCUACUGGGCCACGAGUGACCACCUGCACUGUGCUGCCAGCCACGAGGGCUUUGGAGAGCUGGAGGGAGAGGACCCUGAGAGUGGUGCCAGUGCUGUCUGUGUCACAGGGCUGUCCCUCCACUUCAGGACAGAUGAGCACUUGAACACCAUUUCUUUGUCACAGCUGGGCCUCAAAAUCGUUUUAAUGAAAGGAAUCAUUUUUAACGUGCUGAUGACAGUGCUUGUGUGGAAGAAGAAAAAGGACUGAGAGGAACCAGCUGGGGCAGUCCUGAAGUACCAAACCCAUCAGCUUUGAGAGAGCAUCGUGGGCAAGAGGGAGCUCAGGGAAAUUCCUUGUGCAAGGAACAUCCCCUGCUGCUCUUACACAUCACACCAGCCAUGAUAUUCUAAAUUGCUUCAUUUGCAUUGCUAUAAAACUGCUCAAAAUGAAACAUUUCCAGCGUCUUGCCCUCCAGAUGUCUGGGUCAUUCACCACACUGUGCCUGUUUUGCAUGAAGCAGACUUUGCUAUCAUUACUCAUUGCCAAGUUGUUACUUCUAUUAAAAUUACAAUUUCUGCCUGGAGCAGUGCUGUGUGUUAAAAACUGCAAGCUAAAUAUCAUCUGAAUGGGAAUUUUUCUUAUUUUGGUAGCUUUAGGGUGUUCAUAUCUCUUAGGGUGCACCCACAGUAACCUUUUCAGGUGCAAAUGAAACCCUUUGAAAAGUGAAGGGAAACUGAAUCAGGAUGUACUGUCCUGUCACCUUUUGGUGGAUUAGAGCAAGAUAUCCCAAUUUUUCCCCUAAAGGAUGAGCUGCAGUCUCCCAGAAAUUCCAAAUUCAGUGAAAUUGCCACUUCAAUGUCACAGAAGAAAUAUUUAAAAGGAUUUUUUAAAAGUUUAUCUGACCAUAACACUUCUUAAUUUAAACCAGUUUAAGAUCUGGCUUUCUGUUCAAAAUACAAACCACUUUUGUAAAACUACAAACCACUUUUGUUGUUUUUGUUUGCUUCUAACAACCUGAGAUCUCCCAAGCUCUUUUUGUAACAAUUGCAUAAAAAUGUACUGAAAUAUUUACCUGUCCUUGUGUGCUCACCUUGGAUCUGUGCUUGCCUGUGGCAUCUGCAUGCUGCUAAUCCAUGGACUGUCCUGGCACCCACCAGAUGUCUUGGCAUUUCUUUAGG